GGUGUAAAUUCAUUACAGAUUUUUGACGCCCCACUUGAGGUAAUUCAAUUGAGAGGCCAUGCUCAAUAAUACCCAUGUUGGUUGAGGUCAUUCAUGACGAAAUACUUACUGGCCUCUGCAUUAUAACUGACUUCUCCUCUAUAAAUUCACAUUAUCUUCUCCACAAUCCCCCCAUUGCAUUUCAUCUGCUUAAUUCCUCUUCCAUAACAAUACCCAUAUUGUUGGAGACAAUAAACAUGUCUUCUAGGUCAACCUGCACUUGUGGCAAGAGAUGUGGCAUGUAUCCUGAUCUCACAGGUGCUGAAAAAUCUGUUGCACAGUCAAUUGUGUUAGGCCUCACUGCCUCUGACAUGGGGCAUGUUGAUGAAGGAGUGACAGUGGCAGGAGAGAAUGGUUGCAAGUGUGGUUCCAACUGCACUUGUGACCCCUGCAACUGCAAAUGACAACAUCUAUUACUACUAUCGAUUUUCUAUUUUCAACAUCCAUGUGAGGCUAUAAUAGGAAUGGAAACUAAAUAAUAUCUUGCAGUUGCAGCUACUGCAGAUUGCUUUGUCUUAUCUUUAUAAGUGACUUUCAUUUCUAUGGACAAGAGUGCUUGUUCCUUAGAGAUGCAGUCCCUAGUAGAAAGCUUAUGAUGUAACUAAAUUCUGCUUUGAAAUGCAAACUAUGGUUAUUGUAUAACCUUGUUCCUGUUGGCAGGCAGGUCUAAGUAAGUUAAAUUAUUUAUAAAAUCUACUACCAAAAUAUUAUUGA